UCGGCUGUGCGAAGGGUGUGCUUCCCGAGCCGAGGGCGCAGAAGGGGGACGCCCCAGCCUCGGGGCCCUUCGUGGUCGCGAACGCCGUCCGCCCGGGAGGCUCCCCACGUCCGGCACGAUGAGUGCCAACGAGGACCAGGAGAUGGAACUGGAAGCAUUACGUUCUAUUUAUGAAGGAGAUGAGAGUUUCCGGGAAUUAAGUCCAGUUUCAUUUCAAUAUAGGAUAGGUGAAAAUGGUGAUCCCAAAGCCUUCUUAAUAGAGAUUUCCUGGAGAACAUAUCCCCAGACACCUCCAAUUAUAUCUAUGAACGCGUUCUUCAACAACACCAUAUCAUCAGCUGUAAAGCAGAGUAUAUUAGCCAAGCUGCAGGAGGCGGUGGAAGUUAACCUCGGGACCGCUAUGACCUACACGUUGUUUGAAUAUGCCAAGGACAAUAAGGAGCAGUUCAUGGAGAAUCACAAUCCUGUUAAUUCCACAACAUCCAUAAGCAAUAUCAUCUCCAUUGAAACUCCUAAUACAGCCCCAUCAAGUAAGAAAAAAGACAAAAAAGAACAACUUUCAAAAGCCCAGAAACGUAAACUGGCGGACAAAACAGAUCACAAAGGAGAGCUUCCUCGAGGAUGGAACUGGGUUGAUGUGGUGAAGCAUUUAAGCAAAACUGGCUCUAAAGAUGAUGACUAGCACUUGGAAUUGAGACAAAGGAAGAGCAUCCUUUAAAAAUGGACGUGAUAUUUUUAAAAGCAGUCUGAAGCCCUUGUCAAACCCUCAUCCCAGUGGAGCAGAACACAGUGAACAGUUACUGCCCCUCAUGGGCCAUGUGGAUAGGCUUCUCAUCUUGAAGUCUUCAGCUAUUCUUUCUCUUAAUUACUGAAGCAUAACUUGCUUCAGAGAAAUUUAAAUACUGGUAUUUGAACUUUAUACAUAAUAUUCUUUGUAGUUCCUUUUUAUUUUUCAAAGGUGAACUGCUUCUCUUUAAUAAAUAAAUACCUGUUUAUACUUUUCUCUUGGUUUGGGUCACGGUGUUGGAUCAUGAAAGCUUUCAAUGGUUUGUAUGCUAUGAAAAGAUAGAAACAAAUCUGCCAAAUACAUUAGAAAGCGUUUGAAUAGAAGGGCUGGCUCCUAUUUAAAACAUUUCUCUUUGUUGCAUAUACCAACAUGGGAGUAAAAGAUGCCUUAAUAUUUAAUAUUUGUAUUGUUGGAGACAAUGGUUUUAAUAGAUUCCUAUUUAUCUGCUAUUGUGUAUUUUUAGUUGUUUGGUUAAGUGAGGUCUUCUAAAUGGUUUAACAGAAAACCACAUUUCAAGUCUUGUUUCUUUUCAGUUAUCGAAAUGUAUUUCUCAGCCCGAGCAUCUUUGUAAUAGUAGGUAUAGAAGCAUUUCAAAUGCUGAGCUGUAGCACAUUAAUAGAGGAGACUUUUAGCAUAGUUUUACCAUGAAGUUAUUGAUGUGUGUGUGCAAUUUACAGUAAUUUCUGUCUAUGCUCCCCAGCUUUAAAAACACUUAGAACUGCUGCUGUGGUGUCUGGAAGGGUAGAUUGUUGGUUCCUCAAGUUAUACUUGUGCAGCUUGGGUCUCAGUUUUUAAAGAAUAUUUAACUUUUCAAGAACUUUCCUUAGUGUAAGAGUAGUUUGAAUUGUUUCCGUGGUUUUUACUGGGUUAGCAUUGGCUUCAGUUAAAUCGUUCGAAUUGUAAGUAUAAUUACAGUGAAGAAGCUUAAUCUCAUUUUCAAAAGCUGAAUCACAUUUUAUUUCUUGAACUCUUAUGAUAGCAACAUUAAAAUUCAGGACCACUGGAAUAUGCCAACUUUUAUUUCGGGGUUGUGUGUGUAGUUUGUGUUGUGUUGAUUUAUUUGCUUUGUUUUUAAAAAGACAAACUACUAUAUCUGCCAGUGGAGAAAAUUCUUUGUUUUGCUCUGAAGCUUCUGAAAUUGUUUAGGCUUACUGUGGUUCGUAGAUUACAAAGAAUAAUGCUAGUUAAAUGCCAAUGAAUUGUUUUUCCUCUUUUUAUAUGAAAUGUACACAUUUCAGGGGGUGAUGGUAGCAGUGGUGCCUCUUUCUACCUUACGUAAAACUCUUGAACAUCCUCAUCAGUAUUGCCGUCAUCUGCUUAAUACUCCCGGUAUAUUUUCUCAAAGUCUGUUUACUUAAAAUUAUGUAGAAUGGCAUAAUUAAUGAGCAAUAAAACCUGAAU